CAAACUACUACUAAUACUUACUUAUUUCAACACUAAUAGUAGUACUCAUUUUUGUCCACCAUGAAAGUCCCUCCUAAGAAACCUCACUUUUUCAAACCCAUUUUGCCUGGCUUCAAGCAUGGCAUGAAAAUACCAAUAGGUUUCUUGAAGUAUCUGAAGGGACAUGAUCAGUAUGAGCAUGCAAUACUAAGAAGGGCUGAUAAAAAGUGGCUGGUGAAGGUGAAUGGCAGUCGAUUAGAAGAGGGUGAUUGGAAAGAUUUUGUAGAACAACAUGAUUUGCAAUUGGGAGAUAUUUUAGUGUUCAAACAUGAAAGAGACAUGAUAUUUGAGGUUUCCAUCUUUGAUUCAAGUCAUUGUGAUAGAGAAUAUAUGCAUGAAAAAGACACUGCCAAGAAAUUUGAUUUGGAAGGUAAAGUUCUUUAG